AUGGCUGAUAAUGAUCUGCACACGCCGGAAGCUUGGCAAAGUCCCCAACUCCGGCAGAGUAUUCAGAUGAAAAUUCAAGAAACCAUAAACAACUAUGGCGUCUCAACAAAUAAGUCACCCGUCGAGCUGGAGCGAAGUGUCUUUCAGAAGGCAAUCAGCAAGGAGCAGUAUCUCUCCUUUGUUGCCCGGUUAAUCAUACACCUCAAAAACAAUGGCAGGCCCACCCCUGGUCAGCAGCAGCAGCAGCAACAGCAGCAAUCUCAUCACCAGCCGCAUCAUAUUGGCUCUCAAAGCCAAGGUGGUGGCAGCGUGCAAAACACCGCCGAAACAAAGUUCUUCGAGAUGGGAGGCAUCAAUCAGAGUGGCGGAGCACGCAUCACCCCGGUCACUGUCUCACAGGUGCAGCUGCGACCCGGACUGAUGAACAGCAUUUCAGGAGGAGGAGGAGGAAGUGGUGGCGGCGGUGGUUCGGGCACUGGAAUAAUGGGGAACACCUUUGGGGCAAACAGUUUCACCGGCCACAACAGCAGCGGACCAAACAACAACAACAACGGCGGUGGCGGCGGCGGACUGAACUCACUGUCCACUAAUGCCCCGCAGAUUGUCGUCACUGGCGCCGCAAUGAGCGGAGCGCCUGGAUCGAUGGCGUCUGGUAGUGCUGCUGGUGGCGGUCUGGGCAUGCCAACCAGCCAUCUGUCCGCACAGCAGGCAAACAGUGGAACUCUGAUGGCGCCACUGCUGGGCCCUGGUGGACAACAGCAAACAGCUCUCAGCAGUAGUGUCGGUGGCCAUUUGCAGUCAAACAAAAUCGGCAGCACCUCCUCCGGGGUGGGCAGUAUUGGCCUGCAAGGUCAGAUGACCAUUUCACAGCAUGGUGGCAACUUGCAGCAGCAGCAGCAGAUGCACCAGUCGAUGAACAGUGGCAGUAAACAACAACAACAACAACACAACAUCAACAGUCCCGCCUCGGUGCAGAGCAUUCCGAUGAUGUCGCCGGCAGGAAGGGCCACCACUCUGGGCGCCCCCUCACCGCAGAGCUCACUGAACACCCCGGCCUCACCGGGACAGGCGCUAACACCCGGCACCGCCCAGCAGAAGGUCGGUGAACUGCCGGUGAAGAUGGACUCUGAACGGUUGUACAAUGAAAAGCUGGCUGCCAUGCAGAAGUUCCUCUCGCCGCUGAUGGAGCUCAUUACGCAGCUGGAGAAGGACGACCGAAAGGCGAAGGAGCUGGAUCGCCUGCAGAAUCUCUACUCCAUUCUCAUCAACCGACGCCGGGUGACGCUGGACUUUCUGGAGAAGUGCGAAAAUGCCCUGGAGAAGAUGGACCGCGACCAGAUGUUCAAGUCGCAGAUAGCCCAUCCGCCGCACCCGCCACCGAGCAUCAGUUUGGUGUCAGUGUCAGGAUUGGGCGCAGGGGCGUCGGCCUCAACCGGAACUGGCUCGGCGGUGACCUCAACCACUACCACCACGACCACCACCACGACAACAUCGUCCGCCCUCACGACGACCAGCACCAGCACCAGCAUCGGAAGUGCCGUCAGUGGCGCAACCCCCCAGUCGGCCACCAGUCGCGUGCAAGAGCUGUGCAGCCGCCUGCUGAGCGCCGUGGAGAAGAACUUCGACAAGCCGAUGUUCUCGCACACCAUGAGCCGCUCCUUCGGGCCGACGCUGUCGGUGCUGCAGCACGAGUCCUACUCGACGCGUAAUCGAGUGAACGUCUCCUCCAGUCACUUCCACUACGCCAACAGCGAGCCGACGAAGCGGAAGGCCCGCGAGACGCCCUCCUCCUUUGCCAUUCGCAAUCAGGUGCUGGAGGGGGAGAUCGCCCGACUAGACGCCCGCUUCGUGGUGCGCCCGCUGAUGGCCAGCAAGCGCUUCUGCGGCACCAGCAAGACGCACAUGCUGCUCUGUCGCCUGGAGGACCUUUCACUGCCUUGUGUGCCCCCCAUCAAGGUGUACAUUGGCGACAGCUACCCCACAACGGCGCCCUUCUACGACAUUGAGCAGGAGGACUACCAGGCGACGCCCUUCUUCCUCAAGCUCUACGACUACUUUGCCGGCAAUCUGAUGAGCAUGACGGGCACGUACACGCUCACCCAGCUGCUGCUCACCUGGGAGCGCAGCAUCCGGCAGGCCAUCCUCCGCCACCGAGACCGCCUCGGAUCAUCAGCAGCAGAUGAGCAGAAGGCUACUCAUAUACUCAUCAAGUGCAAUAGCAAUACAUUUGGUCAACAACAACAACAACAACUGCUGCUGCUGCUAAGGUUACUACUGAUGGAAUGCCUAAUGCCAACGUGUGAUUAG